UAUCAAUAUUCUUUAUUAAAAAUAACUAGACCUUCUUGAAAAAAUUGCUAUUUUGUGACUGGAGCAUAGACUGCCACAGGUGAACCUGCAAUUUCUAGUCACAUAAGAAGUGAAAAAGUCCCCAAAACAAUGGGAACAAGGUAAAGGGGCAGAGGAACUAAUUUGAGAGGCAAAUUAGUAGGCAAAAAGUAGAGAGUUGAGGCACUACAAAAAGAUGGAAAAUCCCUGAGUCCAAAAAUGAUCAGUGGAUAAAUAGACAGACACACAGUCACACAUACAUUCUUAUCUAAAAUUAUCAAUUAAUAAGUAUAAAAUCAAUGAGAGAUAAGAUUACACAUUUUCAAUCAUUCUUAUAAUAACUGAAUCAGGGAAAAGAAGCAAUAGAUGUUGAGACUACAGAAUUAAAGAAACUAGUGACUAGUUCCUUUAUGAGGAACAAAAUAUUUAUAUAAUAAUUUUAAUAGACUCUCCAUAAAUUUAUUAGGGAAAAUAAUAAUUACAGAGAUAUCUGGGAAGCAACACUUUCACCAGGUGGUACAAGUUAGCUUUCCCAAUAAUGGGACAGAUUAACAUGGUUCACCCACUCAUAAUACAUUGAGGACAAUUUUUUUUCUGCAGAGAGUGAAUAAUUCAAAUCAACAUAAGAGGGACUUUCUGCCAAAUUCUACCUUUAAAAAUAUCACUGCCUGGAAAUGCACAAAAAGCUGAAUAAAUAAUCUAGGUGCAAUGAGACUAAGGAGAGAUAAUAUUAUAAUAUGUAGUCUUGGAUUAGACCCUGGAUAAAUAAUGGUGGAAGAACACUAGAUAUGAGAGAAAAGAAACAUGUCAAUCAUAAGUUUCCCGAUUUUUUAUAAUUAUGUUGUGAAUGAAUUAGGGAAUGCCCUUUUUCUUGUUGAAAAAAUUGAGAAAUUUAGGACAAAAUAGGCACCAUCUCCACACUUGAAUUUCAAAUGCCUAAAUCCACUAGGUCCGUAGAGAGAACUAGUUAUAAGACAAAAUGAAACACCAACAUUUGCUGAAUCUGGACUAAGGUGUAGGGGAGUCUGCCUAAUUUUUGACAUUUCUCUAUAUGUUUAAAUACAUUUCAUAGUAAAAUGUUCAAAGAACUAUACAAAAACAGUGAGGAGGAUGUCAAAUAAGAUUAAGCACACAACCUUUCUCUGAGCUCACUGUGAGAUAAAUAAAUCCAAUUUUCAUUGAUUUCCCCAGCUCUGACGUUUUUAUCAUGCUUCCCUGCUGGACAGAACAUCAUUAACACAUGGGAGGCAACCAGUCCUGGGUCACCGAGUUCAUCUUGGUGGGAUUCCGGCUCAACACAGAGAUGGAGGUGCUCCUCUUCUGGAUCUUCUCCCUGUUGUACAUCUUCAGCCUCCUGGCAAAUGGCAUAAUCUUGGGACUCAUCUACCUAGACCCCAGACUGCACACUCCCAUGUACUACUUCCUCUCACACCUGGCUGUCCUGGACAUAUCCUAUGCAUCCAACAAUGUCCCCAAGAUGCUGGUAAACCUCAUGCGUCACAAGAGAACUACUUCCUACGGCGCAUGCGUAGUGCAGACUUUCUUGUAUUUGGGCUUUGCUGCCACAGAGUGUCUGAUUUUGGGGGCAAUGUCUUACGACCGAUACGUGGCCAUUUGCCACCCACUCCAUUACACUGUCCUCAUGAGCUGGAGGGUGUGCGUGGCCCUUGCUGUCACUUCCUGGUCACUUGGAUUUACCCUCUCUAUGGUACAUGCAAUUCUCCUGCUGAGGCUGCCCUUCUGUGGGCCCCAGGAAGUGAACCACCUCUUCUGUGAAAUCCUGUCUGUCCUCAAGCUGGCCUGUGCUGACACUUGGCUCAAUCAGGUGGUCAUCCUGGCCGCCUGUGUUUUUGUCUUAGUCUGGCCCAUCUCCUUAAUUCUUGUUUCCUACAUGAACAUCCUCUGGGCCAUCCUGAAGAUCCAGUCAAAGGAGGGCCGAGGAAAGGCUUUCUCCACCUGCUCCUCCCACCUCUGUGUGGUCGGGCUCUUCUUUGGUAUAGCCAUGCUGGUUUAUAUGGUUCCAGACUCUAAUCAGCGAGAAGAGCAGGAGAAGACUCUGUCUUUAUUUCACAGUCUCUUUAACCCAGCGCUAAAUCCCGUCAUCUACAGCCUGCGGAACACUCAGGUACAGGGUGCCUUCCGCAGGGCUUUGCAGAAGAGAACCACAGGAGGGACGGCUGGAUAGACUGUUAGCUCAGUGGCACCUUCCUCUUAAAACAUGUGGAUGGCAGAAGCAAAAAAUUAGAAAACUUGCCCAGUUAGAAGUUUGCUAUGUAAAUGGUAAUUACUCAAUUGGAAUUUGAACUUUUCCCCUUGAUUUUGUUACUUUUUGUGUUCAAUUUCACUUAUGUCCAUUCUAAUCUGCAUUACUUUUUUUCCUCUGCUUUCUUUAGGUUUAGUAUGAUGGAGAA